CAACAGCUGAGGAUGACGACGAUGACAAGAAGCAGACGUCGUUGGCGGAUUGGUGGUGGUGGUGGGCUGGCGGCGUGUGUUGUGCUGUUUGCGGUGGCUGUGGUGAUGGUAAUGAGCGCCAACAGCAACUUUGUUGGUGCCAUCCCCGCUACUGCUGUAGUCAAAGAUGGUGUAGGUGGGGGCGACACACAGACGGCUGGUGAAGGGGAGCAGGCGCCAGUGUGUUCAACCGAAUCAAAAGCGGUCUUGGGAAAAGGUGGACGGCACUGCGAGUGCCCCUCGGAUCAUCGCAUCUGUGUUGGGCCGCGAUGCAGCGUCGCACGCAACUCCACGGGGCAUGUCAUCAAACAAGGCUUUCACGUCACGUGCAAGACCUGCCUGUGCCUGGCAAGCCUGAGGAAUGCCGAGGGCAAGGAGGUGGAAGUGUAUGAGCCGUAUCAAAGGGAACUGGACACGGUGCACUUGGUCAUGGUGCUGGCGGACGCUUCGCGGAGCCUCGAGGCGAAGUUUGUGAAAUGUCUGCAUUCGCUGGUGGAGCGGGCGUCCAAGCCCAUCACGCUGCACCUCAUCACGGACGACCCGCCCAAGGGCAACGAGCACCUGCCCAUGUCUGCGAUUGCAGGGGUCGACCUGCGCGUGUACCACGGGCACGACCUGCUGACCAAGGCCAUGGAGAAGGGCGGGGUGCUGGUGCGCCGGCUCAUCCCGGGCAUUGACGCGGCCGUGCGCGCGCACCGGGAGAGCGAUGGCGGCGACUUUGGCAUUGUCGGCGGCAUGACGGUGACGGAGCAGUACCUGGCGCUGAUGCCCUUCUACCACCUGUUGCUGCCGGACGUUGACAAGGCGAUUGUGGUGGACGCGGACGUGGUGUUCCGCGUGGACGUGACGCUGCUCUGGCAGAUCUUCCGCGCCUUCAAGACCGAGGAGCUGAUUGGCUUGGUGUACGAGCAGCAGCCCACCUUCCGCCACACCUUCGCCGCGUACCGCAAGCUGAACAAGCGCACGCACAUUGGCAGCCCCGCUGCCAGCGUCGGCGGCGUGCGCGCGGGUCUGCCCGGCUUCAACACGGGCGUGGCGCUGCUGAACCUGGCGCACAUGCGGGCGAGCGACCUCAUCUCCGAGCUUGUGUACACGGACCUCGUGGACCACAUGACGCGCAAGUACAUGGUGUCUGAGCGGCUGACGCCUGCGACGCUGUUCACCCUCAUGGCUGCGGAGCACCCGUUCCUCUUCCACGUGCUGCCGUGCAAGUGGAACCGGCAGCUGUGCCAGAAGAUGCGGCAGUCCGAGCACAGCGCCGUGUUUGAUGAGUACCACCAGUGCGAGCACGACGACGGCAGCGUGCUGGUGUAUCACGAAUCAUGCAACACGCAGUUGCCACGAGAGUAAAACAACAAAACGAGGAGGAGGACCGACCCUCUCUCAUGUGCAAACCACACACUCACCUAAGUUAUGUGUGUGUG